AUCUGAAUCCUUGAUUGGGAAUUGCGAUCGCAAUCAUCCAUCGCGCAAGGCCCGCCGGCGGGGGCCAUCACCACAGGGCUCAUCUGAAAAUUGCAGACACUCAGCCUGCUUGCUCGGCUUUGACUGGGCAUGAGCCCCUCUCUCCCUCCCUUUCCUGCACUCUGCUGUAGCAUGACCGCCGAGACCGACAUGCAUGGCGGUUCGCACGCCUCCAGUCCGCCACACCGACGCUUGAAUGCCCGGCUGCUUACAGGUACUGUACCGGUAUGCAGCCCCGUGCUGCGUGUUGCGCAUGCUCACGAGCUAUAGGGCUCAAUCAGAAGCACCGCGGCCUGCUGUUGUGAGUGGUUGUGCGUCUGAUGGCGAUGGAACCCAACAGACACGCGAGAGAGGUCCGGAGCGCAUCCCGCCUACAAUCUCGACGGGGUCUCUUCGACCCGCUAGCUUGAAGUCUGAUCGCCCAUGUUUGAUUCCGAGCCCAGGGAGGGUCUGUUGGCACCGGACUCUCGAGACUCUGGCAAACUCCGCUGAAGUAAGCGAUGACGAGCCUUGCUUGCCGGUUGCCCCUCGUAUGCACCAACGGCGAUCGUUCGAGCAUUGUUCGAUCUGGCCCUCGAUCGAGCUCGCGAGAACAUGGCGCGGGGGGUCUGAUCGCGUCCCCUUCGCACUCUGUGGCUCGCAGGCUCAUUCACAGUCAACUGACAGACAGUGUCGCGUCUCCCAUGGAACCUCGAGGGCAAAUGCGCGGAUGCUGGUCGCAUGAUUGCACGUUGACGCUGUAAUGUGCCCGCCCCCUUGCCAUCAACAUCACAUUGCGGUGGCGCCUGGUGGUGCAGAAGGACCGUCCGGGUAUAGCAAUCGCGAAUGCGAAUCUAGUACUCACGACUGUAUGGAAGAAAGGUGGGAGGAAGCCCCGCGCCGGCUGACGAUGUCGCAUGUUGUAGGCAUCGAACUUCAGGUUGGGCGGGACGAGCGAGGUGCCAGGCGACGGAGUAGC